UAUGGUUUCAUUUUAUACAGUUGGUUGUAUGUCAGGUUCAUCUCUGGACGGAAUAGACUUAUGUUAUGCUGAAUUUACAGGCGAUAUCGAAACUGAUAAAUGGCAAUACCGGAUACUGAAAGCGUCGACGGUCUCAUAUGAUAGUGACUGGAAAUCAAAACUACGAUCAGCGAAGGAACUUAGGGGUGAAGAUUUGAUAAAACUGCAUUUAGAGUAUGGACAUUUUAUGGGUAAAACUGUAAAAGACUUUGUUGAACAUGGAGAUAUAAAAAAUCUUGACUGUGUUGCAUCGCACGGACAUACAAUUUUUCAUCAACCCAACCUGGGAUACACGUUCCAGCUUGGAGACGGAGAAACGUCAGCCGCUUACUUCAAACAACCUUUUGUAUGCAACUUCCGAAACAAAGAUGUAGCUCUUGGGGGACAAGGUGCACCUCUGGUUCCAAAUGGAGAAAAGUUCUUGUUUUGCGACAACGAGAUAUGCAUUAAUCUUGGUGGGAUUGCUAAUAUUGGUCUGAAAGGUUUACAAGGGUAUGAUGUUUGCCCGUGUAAUUAUGUGUCCAACAAACUGGCAGCCAUUCACGAUCCGACAUUAGAAUACGAUCCAAACGGCGAAAUAGCUGAGACCGGAAAUGUAAUUACAGAGAUACUGGGUAAAUUGGACGCAUUGCAUUUUUACGAACAACUUCCGCCAAAGUCUCUAGAUGCUGAAUGGAUCGAAGCUGACGUAUUACCUAUCCUAAACACAACGCAGAAUAGUAUUCCAGAUCUACUGAUGACUUACACAGAGCAUGUUACCAACAGAUUAACAGAAGCAUGCAAGAACGUACGUGAUUCACUCCAUGAUGAAAAUAAACUCAAACCUAAAAACGUCUUAAAGGUUCUGGUAACAGGCGGUGGUGCUUUCAAUAAACACUUAAUCAGAUUGCUUCAAUGUAAACUGCAAGAUCAGGGAUUUAUUUUAGAACAGGUCGACGAAGUUACGAUUGCUUUUAAAGAAGCUUUGAUAUUUGCAUUCCUUGGUUUACGUUGUCUGUUGAAUCAAACAAAUGUUUUCCGUUCUGUGACCGGAAGUAAAUCAGAUUCCAUUUCUGGGAGCAUCCAUCGACCAACACACUAUGUCAACAGUGAUUCUAGGAUUAUCCGAUAUCUUAUGGAGAAAAACAAAGAUAGACAAACUCCUUGAACAUAAAACCUUAUUUAUCUUGGUAUUUGUUUUUUGUUAAUGUAAAUUUUGAAUUAACGCAUGCACUGAUUUUUAAACGAUUUCAACAAUUAAGCAUGAUUUGUGGUUACUAUAUAAAAAAAUUGUGAAGAA